UGUGACAAAACCAGACAAAACAGAAUUUGACAACGCACAACCAACACAAACAUUGAUGCUUACCCACCGAAACGAUAAAAAUGUAAAACUUGAAAUAUAAAAAAAAAAUGUCAGUUAACGCCAGCCAGGAUAUACCUGGAUUGAAGCAAAAAAAAGUAUUUAAAAUUAUAGUUCUCGGUGAUUCAGGUGUUGGGAAAACUUGUCUAACUUAUCGUUUUUGUGAGGGCCAGUUUUUAAAUAAAUCUGAAGCUACAAUCGGUGUUGAUUUCAGAGAGAGAAACAUUAAAAUUCGUAAUGAGGAUAUCAAGCUCCAGUUAUGGGACACUGCUGGACAAGAAAGAUUUCGAAAAUCAAUGGUGCAGCACUACUAUAGAAAUGUUCAUGCAGUUGUCAUUGUUUAUGAUGUUACAAAGCCAGAAACGUUUCAUUCUAUAUCAGCUUGGAUGCAAGAGAUCGAAUCCCAUGGCUUAAUGAAUGCUCCUAGAGUCCUUGUGGGCAAUAAAUGUGACUGUGGUACUCCUGAAUCCAGGCUAGCCACCACUUAUGCUCAGAGAUUAGCUGAUAAAUAUGGCAUGCCUCUAUUUGAAACAUCGGCACUGUUGGAUUCAGAAUGUGAUAAUGUGGAGUCAAUAUUCUUGACCUUAGCACAUAAAUUGUACUCUAAACAGCCAUUGAGAGUUAUUAGUGUGGCGGGAGAAGUCAGUAAGGGUGUGGUCACAUUGUCAAGACAGAGGAAAGUUGGUUGCAGUUCCGAUCAGAAUAGCUGUCUAUGCAACUGAAAAUAACAUUGAAACAUGAAAGUAUCGUCGGUCAGUUAUGAUCCCAACAUAAAUACAGGAAGGGAUCAAAUGAAACAUUGUCCGUUAUAUAAUUAUACAUGAAUUAAUUUUGAAUUGCCUUAGCAAUUUUAUUUUUUAGGACUAAAACUAAUAGCUGAUUCGUAAUGUCAACAUCAUGCUGUCUCUCUCGUGCGCCCACAGCGGCGGCAUGCUGUCAACAUGCGCAUAUAUUUAUUCGUUGUUUGAAAGGAUUUGACGGUAGGCAGCUGCUCGGCUCUGUCCCUGGUAUUGCCGACGUCCAUGAGCGACGUUGACGACCCUCUAUCAGGUGAGCCGUAUGCUCUUCUGCCUAUAAGGGCAAUAAAAAGAUUUAAAAAAAUAUACCUACAACCCAUAGGAUUGAAAACGUUUCAAACUUUUUUUGAGCGGUUUUGUAUAGCCCUUGGCGUUUUUGGUAGUAAAAAAGUUUAUAUCCUUAUGAGCCAGUGUGAUGGCAACAUGUAACCUAACUUACUGUUCUUUAAAUAUUAUUGUUGGCAUAAAUGGUAUUUCUCAAAUAAGGCCAAUAACGGAAAAUACCUUUCCUAUAUACGUGUCGACUUUUAGUCACACACCAAGGUUCAAAGCUAAUUGGGGGGAAUAAUAGAGUUAGAAUAGGGACAAAUCUGGGAUGUCAAUACUUUUGUUGAGUUGUUAGGUUUAACUUUGUUGAACUGAAAAUGAGUUUUA